UCUCAGACUGUAUAACACAAUCACUUUAUUUAAAGGAGCAGAGAGUAAGGGAAGUAGGUGAGUGAAGAUAAUGGGUCUCAAGGGUUUCAUCUUUUUUGCUAUCUUAUCCUUUUCAGCUCUGUCCCAGCUGAGUCCUUCUUUUGCUGAGGAAGAGCAAGGUAAUGGCCUUGUUAUGAACUUCUACAAGGAAACAUGCCCUCAGGCUGAAGACAUCAUUCAAGAACAAGUCAAGCUUCUCUACAAGCGCCACAAGAACACUGCUUUCUCCUGGCUCAGGAACAUCUUCCAUGACUGUGCUGUUCAGAGUUGUGAUGCCUCACUGUUGCUGGACUCCACAAGAAGGAGCUUGUCUGAGAAGGAGACAGACAGAAGCUUUGGGUUGAGGAAUUUCAGGUACAUUGAGACCAUCAAAGAAGCUGUAGAAAGGGAAUGCCCAGGAGUUGUUUCCUGUGCUGAUAUCCUUGUUCUCUCUGCCAGAGAUGGCAUUGUUUCGCUUGGAGGUCCUUAUAUCCCUCUUAAAACUGGAAGAAGGGAUGGUAGAAGGAGCAGAGCUGAUGUGGUUGAGCAAUUCCUCCCAGACCACAAUGAGUCCAUUUCUGCAGUGCUUGACAAGUUUGGUGCCAUGGGAAUUAACACCCCCGGCGUGGUUGCAUUGCUUGGAGCACACAGUGUUGGUCGAACCCACUGUGUGAAGUUGGUGCACCGUUUGUACCCAGAGGUUGAUCCAGCGCUGAACCCUGACCAUGUCCCUCACAUGCUGAAGAAGUGCCCCGAUUCCAUUCCAGACCCCAAGGCCGUGCAGUACGUGAGAAACGACCGUGGCACCCCUAUGAUUCUAGACAACAACUAUUACAGGAACAUUUUGGACAACAAGGGCUUGUUGAUAGUAGAUCACCAACUAGCCAAUGACAAGAGGACCAAGCCUUAUGUGAAGAAAAUGGCCAAGAGCCAGGACUAUUUCUUCAAGGAGUUCUCUAGAGCCAUCACCUUGCUCUCUGAAAACAACCCUCUCACUGGCACAAAGGGUGAGAUCAGAAAGCAGUGCAAUCUUGCCAACAAGCACCAUGAGGACCCUUAAUUAAUUUCUUCCCCUUGUCAAAUCUGUAACAUAUAUGCAAAAUAAUUAAGGUGUGUCGGCAGGUUCAUGGAGAUGGGAGGACUAAGAUGAAGAUGCUUUGAUUUUCAAUCUUCUGAUGUGACAACUGUUGUUUUUUAUUAUUUCAAUAAGGAUAUUAUUUUAGUAUGCAAGUAGCUUAAUUUGUGUCGUGUAGAUGGGCAUGUUCAUGGACAUGGUGUUAUGUUAUGUGAAUGUACCUAUGUGAGUGAUGUUUCCAAUGGCAGUAACAAUGUUUAUGAUAUCCAUACUAGUAAAGCUUGUUCAA